AGCGCGCGUGUAAAAGGACGCGCCAUUGAAGCAGCAAGAGAGGGAGAAGGGAGAUGUCUGAAAGCGAACGCUCGAACAUCCGAAUUGCAUUUCACUGAGAGAGAGAGAGAGGAGGAAGAGAAGGAGAAGGUUCUGAAAGUGCCAUCGCGUACGUUCGACGAGCUAUCCGAUGGAGAUUUAGUGCCAGGUGAACUUGCUUACCGACAAAUGGAGAGGUUAUGAUAGGGCGCUUUUGACAGCUCGACGCCUGCUCCCCGUCGACUUUUCCAGGCAGAGAAUUGAGGAGCUCCUGUAGAAUUGGAAGGAAAUAUGUCGAGUCUAGAUGGGGAACGGCGAUCGGAUGUUGAUAUUUCCGAAGAUGAGAGGAGGAUAACGAAAAUAGGAGCUCUUAAGAAGAAGGCCAUAAACGCCUCUAACAAGCUUACGCACUCUCUAAAGAAAAGGGGAAAAAGGAAAGUAGGUUGUGGUGUGUCGUCGGUCUCAAUCGAGGAUGUUCGAGAUGCAGAGGAGGAGGAGGCUGUUAGUUCAUUCCGUCAGGCCCUUAUUGAUGCGGAUCUGCUGCCUGCUAGGCACGACGACUAUCACACGCUUCUCAGAUUUCUAAAAGCUAGGAAAUUUGACACGGAUAAAGCAAUGCAACUGUGGGCAGGUAUGCUGCAGUGGAGAAAAGAUUUUGGAACUGACACUAUCAUUGAGGAAUUUAAUUUUGAAGAGCUAGAUGAAGUCCUCAAGUGCUACCCACAGGGGUAUCAUGGAGUUGAUAAAGAGGGCAGGCCAGUCUACAUAGAAAGGCUGGGUAAGGUAGAACCAAAUAAGCUUAUGCACACUACUACCCUGGAUCGCUACGUAAAGUACCACGUGCAAGAAUUUGAAAAAGCUUUGAAUGAGAAGUUUCCAGCAUGCUCUAUCGCAGCUAAAAGACAUAUUGGCUCAGCAACUACAAUAUUGGAUGUCCAUGGUGUGGGUUGGAAGAAUUUUUGCAAAAGUGCAAGAGAGCUGUUGAUGCGCAUUCAACAAAUUGAUAGUGAUUAUUAUCCCGAGACUUUACAUCAAAUGUUUAUAAUCAACGCCGGACCUGGUUUCAAGCUGCUCUGGAACACUGUUAAAGGUUUUCUCGAUCCAAUGACUACUGCAAAGAUAAACGUGUUAGGCCAAAAAUACCAGUUCAAGCUACUCGAAAAUAUUGACUCGCGCCAGCUGCCGGACUUCCUGGGUGGAUCUUGCACAUGCAGUGCAGAAGGGGGUUGUCUUAGAUCUGGCACAGGGCCUUGGCAUGAUCCUGAAAUUAUGAAGCUUGUACACAACGGAGAAGUCAAAAUCAGACAAGUCAAUAGAGAUUCAGAUGCAUGGCUGGGAACAAAAUCAAAUGCUAGGCCGUCAUAUCUAAAAGGAAGAAGUAGUGACACUUCUACAGUUGAGUCUGGGUCUGAUUUUGAUGAUCUUGGUUCUCCAGUUGGUUUGAGGGGUUCUUUGUUCAUUCCGCUGGACCCAGUUCAUGAAGAAGUGCGAACUACUGAUACCUCUUAUCAUAGUUGUGAUGAUCAUUUUGGUGUUGUUGAUAAGGUAGUAGAUUACGGUCAAAGGGUAACCCUUGAAAGAAGGGCAUCAAUUUGGAAGAGCAGAGAUUCCUCCGCUACUGAUGGUGCUAAAGUUGUCGGCACUACCGAAAUGAGGUCAGACAAUUAUUUCUCGUGUAUGGUGAGAUUUUUCGUCAGACUCCUUAUCGAAGUGUUUGCACUAUUCCGUUUCCUCUUUAGCGGCCAGAAACACCAAGAAGCUAUCCGUCUCCCAAACGCGAUGAAACAUGACCAGGUUGCUCAUCUCUCUGUCUUGGAAGAAUGUGCUCGCCCAUGUUUAGAACGUCUUCAGAGACUCGAGACCAUGGUUGGUGAACUAAGCGCAAAACCAGCUGUUCUUCCUGAAGAUAAGGAGAAUCUGCUCCUUGAUUCACUUGAUCGGAUCAGAUCUGUGGAACUUGAUUUGGAGAAGACAAAGAAAGCAAUACAGUCUACAUUGCUCAAACAAUUAGAGAUUGCUGAAUCCCUCGAGACACUGCGCGAUGUCAAGGCACAGAAAAGGGCCCUUUGUUGAGAGGACAUGCAUGAAAACUAUAACGAUACUCCGGAAAAAUUCCCGAAGAAUAUACUUGUAUAGGCAUGUCCAUUAUUUUCGUGUCCCAUGAGCUUUUUUGGAGCUAAUGUGGGCCAGGUGUCAAUCAUCAUCACAUAAGCAACCAUACGGAAAGCAAUUUCCUGUACAUUUUGUCCGUCAGUCGUCACUAAUGGAAAUUUUACGCAAGUCAUGCUCUCUUUCUGGCGAUGGGGAAAGAAAGCGACGAUAUUCCCUUUUUGCCAAUUUUAUUGUGAUAAUGUAUUGAUCAAUGCAAUUUCUUUGUUCACGA